AUGGACAAGAAGUCUUCUCGAGCUCUAAUGCUCAUACUUACCACUUUUACAUAUCUGCUUCUUGGUGCUGCCGUAUUCGAUGUACUUGAAAGCGAAACGGAAAGAUACGUCCGCGAAGAAAUUGCCUUUGUACAGGAAAAGCUUCAAGCCAAGUACAAUUUUUCCGUCAGAGACAUGCAGCUGUUUGAAUCCGUAGCUGUUAAGAGCAUUCCUCAUAAGGCUGGCUUCCAGUGGCAAUUUACCGGAGCAUUCUACUUUGCAAUAGUUGUGAUUACUACUGUAGGUUACGGUCAUUCGGCCCCAGAGACAACAGCCGGACGAUUUUUCUGUAUGGUAUUCGCCCUGGCUGGCAUUCCCUUAGGCCUUAUCAUGUUCCAAUCAAUUGGUGAACGUGUCAAUACAUUUAUAGCCUUCUGCCUACAUCAGUUGCAGUUCAAUCUACAAAAACGAGGAUACACUUGGAUGCGAGAGGUUGCAACGAAACAUCUUCUGCUUGUCUCGCUUUCCAUAGGAACAAGCAUAAUUAUAAUCGGUACGGUAGUUUUCCACAGGGAAGAGCGUUGGACACUCUUCGAUGCUUACUACUACUGCUUCAUAACGUUAUCCACCAUCGGUUUCGGGGAUUUGGUCCCGCUGCAACAAGGAUCAGCUUUGCAACUCCGCCCCUUCUAUGUUGUCUUCACACUGUUAUUCGUAGUCCUAGGACUGGCUGUUUUCUCUGCUUGUGUGAACUUGCUGGUUUUAGGGUGA